AACCCCAUUUCGUCCCUAGGGUUUCGCAGUCGCAGGAGGAGAGCAGAGCAGAGUAGUCGCCGAGCGCCGCAGCCGCCGCCGAGAGAGGACCUCCGAUCACAGCAGCAAUGGCGAGGAUCAAGGUGCACGAGCUGAGGCAGAAGACGAAGGCCGACCUGCUGGGCCAGCUGAAGGAACUCAAGGCCGAGCUCGCCCUCCUCCGCGUCGCCAAGGUCACCGGCGGCGCGCCGAACAAGCUCUCCAAGAUAAAGGUGGUGAGGCUGUCGAUUGCACAAGUCUUGACUGUGAUUUCGCAGAGACAAAAGGCUGCUUUGAGGGAGGUUUACAAGAACAAGAAGUACUUGCCCCUUGAUCUCCGUCCCAAGAAGACCAGAGCCAUUCGGAGAAGGCUAACAAAAUACCAGGCAUCUUUGAAGACAGAGCGCGAGAAGAAGAAAGAGAUGUACUUUCCCCUGAGGAAGUAUGCCAUUAAGGCAUAGUAGGGAUACCGCUCACGUUGUAUUGGAGCUUUGUCUUUUAUGAAUAUCUUGGUUGAUCAAAUUUUCGGGUAUCUUGAUCCCGCAUCACAGUUGGGUGACAAGAAAUCUAGCUUUGGCGCUUUAUUUUUUCCCCAUUGAGGACAAUUGUCAGGUUUUCUUGACUUCGUAAAUUAUAGCUAGGGUUGAAUCUUCAACAACUGAUGAUCAUGAUUUGAGAACCACCAUGCAUGCGGGCGUGCGUUUUUUUUA